GUGUGUGUCUCAACACGAUAGACGCAGAGCACUUUAGGAGGAGCUACUGUCUCUGCACCUCACUUAACAAGUGGAGCAGCCAUCAACAUCAACUCCACUUCAUAGAGUACAAACUUCACCGAGGAGCGUGGCUGAGUGAAGCCUCAUCACAUCUGACUUUUCAGAGACUAUGGACAGGAGAAUAAACCUGGGUGGAGACAUUUUUCACAAAACUCUCAGCGCAGUGUCCAGCAAAAAGAUGGACUCUUUUCGACCGGCUGCGGGUAUUGAUCUAGCUUCCAGGGACAGCCAGUCGCCAAUUAGCUGUUUCGACCAGACCGACCCAGACCCGGUCCAGCCCGGGGGACUGACGGGAGGGAGAGCGGGGACACUGGGUCUGCCGACCGGAUCUUUGUGCGUGAAAUACGGCGAGAGCGCAAACAGGGCAUCUGCUGCAGAGAGCAGCGGUGGAGAGCAAAGCCCGGACGAUGACAGCGACGGACGAUGCGAGAUGAUGCUCAUGGCAGACGGGAGAACGGUGGUGUCCGGUGCCAAAUCUGAAGGAGGUAAGAAAAACAAAGAGCAGAAAGUUCUGAGGCUAAACAUCAACGCACGGGAGAGACGAAGAAUGCACGAUCUGAACGAUGCGCUUGAUGAACUGCGGGCGGUGAUCCCUUACGCGCAUAGCCCGUCUGUACGGAAACUCUCCAAAAUUGCCACCUUGCUGUUAGCCAAAAAUUACAUCCUUAUGCAGGCACAGGCGCUUGAGGAGAUGAGAAGGCUAGUUGCGUAUCUCAACCAAGGCCAGGCUAUCUCUGCUGCCUCUUUGCCCGCGACAACGUCUCUCACACCGGGUUUAAGCGCAUACGAGCAGCCGACCGGUUACCCGUUCCCCACCGGAGUUGCAGCAUCCUCCUGUCCAGACAAAUGUGCCCUUUUCAACAACGUCACCUCCAGCCUCUGUAAGCAAUGCACUGACAAGCCUUAAACUCUACUGACUCUCGCAGAAGCACAUGAGAAACUUUUUGACUUAACCAACGAAACCUUUGACUAUUAAAGAGAGACUGAUGUCAGUGUUUGCCAGCUUUGAGAUGAGAUCAAUUUAAACGAAUGCUAAAAACUUUUCUUACACUUGCAAACUAUUUCAUUCAAAGAAACACGUUUGUUCAACAACUGAUUGUGUAUGUAAGAUAUAGCUUGCUGUAUCUUGUAAGUGAUGAUGAGUAAGAGAUAAAACCAAACAAAAUCUAUGCCUGAUAGUAAAUGGGGGCAAAAUAAACAGUUUAUUAUCAGCAUCAAUGUGACCCUUCAGAAUGACUUGUAUUUCUGACCUGACAACAUGCAACCAUGUUUUACCCUGUUCAUGACGCCAAUUUUUUUAUUUUUUUUUUUAUUUUUUUAACAGUUUUUACUCUAACCUGCAAUAAUACGUAUUCUUGCUACUUUGAAUUUAUGUUAUGAUAAUGUUUGCUUUCUCGAGUGACAUCUGUGUUUUAUAAAGCAGCAGCUGGAAGUGUCGUGGCGAGCAGAGUACUAUUGGACUGCACACAAUUAUGGACUUUAUUCCCCCAGAGUAGCCUACAAAGGUUAUUUCGAAAGCUUAGUUGAGAUUAAUUUAAAAUUGUAAUAUAAUAUAUUGUUAUAUUGUUUGGUGGAAUCUUAAAAGUUGUUUUUGGUUUUUUAAUUUCUCUAAAUGUAUGAAAUCAAGUGGGUCUGCAUGCCUGGACUGAUGAUUAAUUGUCAUCUUUACUGUAAAUUUAGCCGAUUUGGAUUUUUACAACCGCACAUGAAGUUUGGCUAUAGGGACGUUUUCAAGUUUCAGCUUGUUGUCAGGUCAAGGCUGGAAGCAAUGUAAAUAUAUUAAUUUCAAUAUGACAGCAGAGGGCCAUUUGUAUGUGUUGAUGUAUUGGAAAGCUUUAUUAAAAUAUUUUCAUCCAACAUAUUAUGUCGCCACACUGUAUGUUGUGAAGCCUCAAUAGUAAAGUGAAUUAUG